CUGUUCUCCGACACUGCGCUCACCUGCGUCAGCGUACAACGUUGUUCCCGUUUCCGAACGAAUGACUUAUGUGGACCUUGCGAGCGAGACGAUCGUUUUCGAAGUGACGGUCGUUUUUAGUGCGAAUAAACUUUAUUUCGCUUUUGACACUUGGAGGUGCCGAGAGUACAAGGAGGAUACAAAUGGAGACCAAGACCGAGCCGCUGACGCCGCCACAAACGCCACCGACAAUCGAUAGAUCGAUGCAUCAGCCCCAACAUCCGCAUCCGCAUCAGCAUCAGCAUCAGCUUCAACAUCAACAGCAACAUCAGCAGCAACAGCACGUAGUUUUUUCAACCACCAAGUGGACCAAGUCGGGCCUCUUCACCAACAGAUAUUUCCAGCAACAACAGCAACACGUCCAGACGCAUAAUCCUGGAAAUUAUCCGAACGCUCUCUUUGAUAAUUGGUUGAGGAAUACGGCUAUAGGCUUAGCCGUUAGGAAUUGUUGCUCCCAAGCACGUCCUCUGUACUAUCAUCAUCAGGCCCAGCCGAAUAUAUUUCCGGUGCCGCCACCACCACCGCCGUUCCUCACCCGAAGAUCAGCGGGUCAGAGACCUAAGAAACAGUUCAUCUGCAAGUUCUGCAAUCGGCAUUUCACAAAGAGCUACAACCUGCUGAUUCAUGAGAGAACGCACACUGACGAGCGACCGUAUUCCUGCGACAUAUGCGGGAAGGCCUUUCGCAGGCAGGAUCAUCUGAGGGAUCAUAGAUAUAUACACAGCAAGGAGAAGCCGUUUAAAUGCAACGAGUGCGGUAAAGGGUUCUGCCAAAGCAGAACUUUGGCGGUUCACAAGGUCAUGCAUAUGGAGGAGUCGCCGCAUAAAUGCACAGUAUGCGGCCGGAGCUUCAAUCAAAGGAGCAACCUGAAGACGCAUCUUUUGACGCACACAGACGUUCCGCAAGAUCUCAGGAUCGAGACUUCGGUGUCAUCGGAUUCAAGGAUGUCCUCGACAGAGAUUAGACAAAUGGAACGAGUGAACGGCCUCCUGCCAAUUCCAAAGAAGAAUACACACACCAAACUGGGUUUUACUAUAGAGGACAUAAUGAGACGCUAAGGCAUUAUGCCUUUAAUUUAAAUCUGCGUGCAUUGUCCACUUUCUCUUUUCUUUGUAUCAUAGUUUUUCAAUUUCUACUCAGGAUUGAGCGAAGUUAAAUUGACUCAUUCUUGUUACGCAGAGUGUCCCAAAUCUCCCGUGAAAUCCCGGUCAAGGCUCUCGAGGUCAUUUUAGGACGAAAAUCUUAAUGUCAAAGUGUUAAAUAGUUUUCAAUUAAAUUAGAAAUCGUUAAAGUUGAACAAUUAAAUGAUCUGAAAACGAUUCACGUGCUCAGGCAUGACAUAUUGCAUAACAGUAUGAAAAUUGUCGCAUAUUUAUUAUACAUUUUAUAUUAUAUCCUUAACAGCAUUGUGUAUUAGGAUUUUCAUCUCGAGAUAACUUCAGGAAUCUGUUAUAUAUUAACGGUUGUUGUAAAAGAUCUAGGGCACUCUGUAUAUUUUAUUAUUGCUAAUUAUAUGUUUUAUCUUACAUGUUUUUCUAGUGUCAGCUGGAUUGGCCUUUAAAAGUAUUGAAACAUUUUUUUAAUUUUUUUACAUUGCUAUUGAUUCAGGACCUAGUGAACCAAUUCUGAUAAACUUCAAUCAACAAUUAAUUCAGUUGAUAAUUAUGAAUAAUA